GCGGUUAUCGGUAUCAACCACCAGCCACCAAAACAGAAAAUUGACGUAACACCCCCACUCGCGUGGUUAAUUCGGCUUCUAACUCCCAAAUUCCCCCACCAAAAUGAUCAGGCUGAGUGCGCUGCUGCGGUUCCCGGUGGCCUCUAACCUGCUUCGCAGCCAGACCAGGUUGCUCCACGUGGGCGAGGCAAAUGUCUUGCCCAGUGAGGUGGACAAGCAGUCUGCCGAGUACAAGGAAAAUGCCACUGAAAUGGGAAAAUUAGUAUCAGAGCUGCGAAACUUCACCAGCCAGGUGUUGACGGGAGGUGGCCAGAAGGCCAUAGAUCGGCACACGGCGAGGGGAAAGCUACUGGCCAGAGAUCGCAUUAACCUUUUGCUGGACAAAGGCUCUCCAUUCUUGGAAUUAUCUGCUCUAGCCGGACAUGAGCUGUAUGGAGAGGAAGUAGUCAACUCUGGUGGAAUCGUAACCGGAAUAGGACGUGUGUGUGGGACAGAGUGCGUGGUGGUUGCCAAUGACGCUACUGUGAAGGGAGGCAGUUACUAUCCCAUUACUGUGAAGAAACAUCUUCGAGCCCAGGAAAUCGCUCAGGAAAACCGUCUGCCCUGCAUUUACCUUGUGGAUUCCGGCGGAGCCAACUUGCCGCGGCAGGCGGAUGUCUUUCCGGACAAACUGCACUUUGGACGCAUCUUCUACAACCAAGCUAACAUGUCAGCUCAAGGGAUCCCGCAAAUCGCUGUGGUAAUGGGCAGCUGCACAGCUGGAGGAGCCUAUGUUCCGGCAAUGGCCGAUGAGAGCGUCAUUGUGAAGAAGCAGGGAACCAUUUUCCUGGCUGGUCCACCGCUAGUGAAGGCAGCUACCGGAGAGGAGGUGUCCGCCGAGGACUUGGGCGGUGCCGACCUGCACUGCAAGACUUCAGGAGUAACGGAUCACUACGCGGUGGAUGACGAGCACGCCUUACAUCUAGCCCGGCAGAUCGUCAGUAAUCUGAACUUGCCGUCGACUAACCGGUACAACGACAGAUUGCUGCACUCUAGCCAGCUGAAUUUCCAAGAUACUAGUGCACAGAACCUGGUGGAAGAGCCUCGAUAUGACCCCCGUGAGUUGUACGGUAUUGUGGGCCCCAAUCUUACGAAGAGUUUUGAUGUACGCGAGGUUAUUGCUCGCAUCGUGGACGGCAGCCGAUUCACUGAGUUCAAAAAACUCUACGGAGAAACUCUAGUAUGCGGAUUCGCGAAGCUAUAUGGAACCAGCGUGGGCAUUGUCGGAAACAACGGAGUCCUAUUCUCCGAGAGCGCCCUCAAGGGCGCGCACUUCAUCCAACUGUGUGCCCAGCGAAAAAUACCCCUAGUGUUCCUGCAAAACAUUACAGGUUUCAUGGUGGGACGUGACGCUGAAGCCAACGGAAUUGCCAAAAACGGAGCCAAAAUGGUCACUGCCGUGGCUUGUGCAAAUGUGCCAAAGUUCACGGUUAUCAUCGGAGGCUCCUAUGGCGCAGGGAACUACGGAAUGUGUGGACGAGCCUACUCGCCGAGAUUCCUCUAUAUGUGGCCAAACUCACGUAUUUCCGUAAUGGGCGGCACCCAGGCCGCCAAUGUCCUGGCCCAGAUUACUCAGGAUCAGCGAAAACGUGCAGGCAAGGAGUUCACCGAGGAAGAGGCCCAGAAGCUAAAGGCGCCCAUCGUGGAGAUGUUUGAGGCAGAGGGCUCUCCCUACUAUAGCACGGCUCGCUUGUGGGACGAUGGCAUCAUCGAUCCAGCCAAUACACGCCAGGUCCUGGGACUAAGCCUGAAGGCAGCCUUGAACAACUCCGGUCACGAAACCAAGUUUGGAGUUUUCCGCAUGUGAUAGAUACACAACAGCGUGACGAAAGCUCGGGGAGCAAGUGCAUUUACGGGCAUUUAAUGCCAACCUUUAAAUUGAAACGAUUGCAUUUAUUAGCUUUAGGUAAAUGGUUGAUUUUAUAUUUUAUUGUGUUUUUAGACUCUAAAAAUGCCAAAAUGUCUCGUGCUGAAUGAUAAAGAACGGCAAUGUAUGUAAGCUAAGCACAAUAUUAUUUUUCUUGUAAGUCC